AUGCCACCGAAAGUGAAAGCACCUAAAGUCAAAGUUGAUAAACCAUUUGCCUAUGACCGAAAUCUCAAUAGUAAAUUUAAAUUUGGGGCUCAUGUCGGUAUGUCAGGCGGCAUUUACAAAGCAGUUACAAAUUCAAUGCAUAUUGGCGGUAAUAGUUUUGCCUUGUUUUUGAAAUCACCACGUAAAUGGGUAUCACCAGCAUUGAAAUCAGAUGAUAUUGCUAAAUUUGCUGAAUUGUGCAAACAAUACAACUAUGACCCAAGAACAGAUGUGUUACCUCAUGGUUCGUAUUUUAUCAAUCUAGCUAAUCCUGAUCCUGAAAAGGAAGCUAAAGCAUAUGACUCAUUUCUUGAUGAUUUGAAACGAUGUGAGCAGUUGAAUAUUGGACUAUAUAAUUUCCAUCCGGGUUCAAGUUUAGAUGGUGAUCGAAAACAAGCAUUGAAGCAAUUGGCAAACAACAUAAAUAAAGCCAUCAAAGACACCAAGUUUGUAAAAAUUGUUAUUGAAAAUAUGGCUGGUCAUGGAAACCUUAUUGGGUCGGAUUUGAAAGAUAUACGUGAAGUGAUUGAUAUGGUUAAUGAUAAAUCACGAGUUGGGGUGUGCUUAGAUACAUGUCAUUCUUUUGCUGCCGGGUAUGACAUUACCGAUGAAGACAAAUGGAAUGACUUUCUCAAACAAUUUGAUGAGAUUAUUGGUGCUAAGUAUCUCAGUGCUAUUCAUUUAAAUGACUCAAAAGCGCCACUAGGAGCCAAUCGUGAUUUGCAUCAGAAACUAGGUCAAGGUUUUCUUGGACUUGAAGUGUUUAGGGCAAUUGCUAAUUGCGAGAGACUACAUGGCAUACCUAUUGUGUUGGAGACUCCAGUGGGAGACAAUGAUGAAGUAUAUGGAGAGGAAAUCAAAUUACUUGAAUGGCUUGAAGGUAGAUCCAAAGAUGAUGCUGAGUUUAUUGCCAAAAGGGAUGAGUUGUGGGCAUUGGGUAAAAAGGAAAGAGAUGAGCAAUUGAAAAAGUUUGAGGUAAAGACAAAAAAAAAGGCUAAAGAUGAAGAAAAUGGUGUUGAUAUUACCAAAAUGGUCAAGAAGAGGAAAGUGGGUGCAAAAUGA